AUGCUUGCAGCUGCGACCUCGUUCUUCUCGCGAUCCAACAUCUCGCAGUCGUAUGCCAUCGGAGCACCGACAACGUCAAGUCGUGUUGCAACCCCAACACCAUCCAGCUCACCAUCAACCUCUUUGUCCGCCAUCGCUCAUGUACCAUCCUUCCAAGUCGGUCUAUGGCGUGUACAGUCUGGAUCCCACAAAGUUACGAACAAACGUGUGUCUGUAUGGUCUUUCGACAAGAGGAGUGCAGAGAUGGAUCGAAUGACUCCAUCUGCGCGGGAGAAAGCUCUGGACGUCCUGAAGUCGGAGGCUACAUCUCUGAGUAGGCUACGCCAUCCUUGUAUAUUAGAAAUGGUCGAACCUCUUGAGGAAACCCGAAGCGAACUGAUUUUCGCCACUGAACCCUUGCUAUCAUCUCUUUACCUCUCCAUCCCUGGCUCCCCCCAUUCGUCGCCUUUGGUAGAUCUGGAUGAGGUGGAAAUCCAGAAAGGUGUCUUGCAACUGUGCAAAGGCCUCUUGUUCCUCCACACCUCCGCACGUAUCAUCCACUCCAAUAUAUCUCCUGGAAGUAUUCUCAUCAAUAAUGUGGGAGAUUGGAAAAUUGGAGGUCUCGGCUUGACAAUUCCAUUAACCAAACCGGACGGAUCGUUGACCAGCUGGGAAUUCCCCACCUUUGACAGCCGUAUGUCGCCUUAUACUCAACGAUCGUUUGACUAUGUCGCUCCCGAGUAUGCACUUGAUGAAGUGUUGAACUUUGCUUCGGAUAUGUAUUCUCUCGGAUGUCUCAUGUAUGCUGUACACUGUAAGGGUGAACCCCCAUUCAAGAAUUUCGGCAACCUUGGCAGCUUGCGCGAUAAUGCAGGCAAGCCGCUCACCGGGAUGCAGCGCCUGGACAAGGAUCUUCAGGCGAUGCUGUCUUCGCUUAUCACCCGACAGCCACAUAAUAGGCCUACUCCGGCGACUCUGCCAUCUCAUGCAUUCUUUUCUUCGCUUCCUAUAUCGACUCUCAACUUCUUAGACCGUUCCAACUUUGCGGCCAAGUCAAGGGAAGAGAAGAUAUCUUUCAUGAAGGGGCUGACGAACGUUCUGGACCGAUUCUCUGAUGGCCUUCAGACACGUAAAAUACUACCUUCACUGCUUGAAGAGAUGAAAGAUACCCAUUUGCUUCCAUACAUCCUGCCAAACGUGUUUUCGAUCUCUAAGAUACUUUCUGCGCCACAAUUCGCCACUCUCGUUCUACCUAGUCUGAAGCCUCUAUUUGCCAUAAAAGAGCCGCCUCAAAACAUGCUCACGCUUUUGGAUAACCUUGGAAUGCUGCAGAGCAAGACUGAGAAGCAUGUUUUUCGUGAACAUGUAUUACCUCUAGUAUACAAUGCACUGGAAUCUGAACAUGCUAUUGUUCAAGAACGCGCUCUGAAGGUAGUACCAGAUCUAUGCGAAACCAUUGAUUAUGCCGAAGUCCAAGGUGUUGUGUUCCCGAGAGUUGCCAUGGUGUUUACAAAGACACGUAUUCUGUCAGUCAAAGUUGCUACCCUAGUAACCUUUCUGAGUAUGGUAAAAACUUUGGAUCAGUCGAGCCUUACUCAAAAACUCGUUCCCCUCUUGUCGAAAAUUCGCACCAAAGAGCCAGCAGUCACGAUGGCCACCCUAUCAGUGCAAGAGGCUAUGGGAUUGAAAGUUGAUCGAGAGGCCGUAGCUACGCUCGUUCUUCCGCAGCUUUGGGCCAUGGCCAUGGGCCCAUUACUAAACGUAGAACAGUUUCAGCGAUUCAUGGGCGUUAUCCGCGUGUUAGGCGACCGAGUAGAGAAAGAGCACAACCAAUAUCUUCGCGACUCCCAACGUAUAGAAGACCGCUCAGCUACAGCGGUGAAUGGCGCGUCCCCCGGGACUGCCUUCAACCCAUCUGUUGAUUUCGCCAGUCUCGUCGGUGGCAGUACGAUGAUCAAGGCAGAUGGUACACCUGAUCCGAAUGGAGGCUGGGAAGAUGAUAUGUGGGGAAGCAUCCUUUCGUCAUCAAAUGCCGAGACUCCUCGAAUGGCAAGCCCCUCCGCUGCAUCUAUGACAGUUGUUGCAUCUGUAACGCAACAAACACAGUCAUUACCAUCUUCGCCGAAGAUAGCCUCUAUACCGGUCACCAAUGGCGGUGUGUCCCAAAUGCUACGGCCAGGAGGAAAGGGUCUCGGGGCCAAGCCGAUUCCGUCAACUUCAUUCAACACCUCCGCGUUUUCGCCGGGUCCGCAAGUCAGUCGGCCUCCCAACUCCUCUAAUCUGGGAAUGCAGCCAAUGCAACCAAACAAUACCGGUGGCAACGCCCGUUUCUCCCAGACAUCGAAUGCUGGGAAGUCAACGCGCAAUGUCUCGCUAUCUGAGAUCGCAACUUCUCCCCGCCCCGCAUUGAAACCAUCGAUUUCGAGUCCACCGACCCAGCCAUCGCAGCGGACAGCGCCGAAUUACAACCUAUCUUUUUCGACAAUGUCGCCAUCAGUCCCAACCAUGCAGCCAUCAGUCCCAAUCAUGCAGCCGAGCAUGCAGCCGUUGACGCCGCAGAUCUCGCGUCCAGGGAUGGGAGAUUUACUCACACCAUCGAAGCCACCACAACCUUCCUGGGGGAGUGCUGGUGCAAGUAAACAACUCUCCAAGGACGAUUGGGGCGACUUUGACCCGUUGGCGUGAUCUCCAUUGACACUUUUCUCAUUGCCUUUUUGCGAUUAUAUAUCGUACGCAUAUUUCACAUGGGUAAUCUAUCAGAGCUGGACUGUCAGAGAGUGUCCCUCUCGAUUUCGACGCC